AUGUCACACAAGGCAAACUCGUAUUGUUUUGUUUAUUUAAAAAAUCAGCGAUUAAUUUCGCCUAAAUUUUUCAAAGUGGCAGGCAAUAAUGAAGAGACAGAAAAAAGUGAAAUUAAAGAAGACCCAUUGGAAGAAGAAAGAAAUGGACUUGUGAGAGAAGUGGGCAAUCAAGCUGUAUGGAGCCUAUCAUCAUGCAAGCCCGGUUUUGGUGUGGAACGCUUACGUGACAACAUCAUGGACACAUAUUGGCAAUCUGAUGGCCAGUUGCCACAUUUGGUUAAUAUACAAUUCCAUAGAAAAACAAACAUAAGUCAAAUUUACAUAUAUACCGACUAUAAAUUGGACGAAAGUUAUACACCUUCACGUAUUUCCAUAAGAGCCGGCUCUCAUUUCAAUGAUUUACAAGAACUGCAAAUUGUUGAUUUAAAUGAACCUACCGGUUGGGUCACUAUACCCAUUAAGGAUGGCAGUGUUAAGUGCAUACGCACUUUUAUGCUGCAAAUUGCUGUAAUAUCCAAUCAUCAAAAUGGUCGUGAUACCCACAUGCGUCAGAUACGCAUACAUGCUCCCGUUGAAGAUCGUCAUUACCCCUUGGAAUUAUUUGGUAAAUUUAGUACUGUAAAUUUUCAAAAAUUUGCUACGCUUCGUUGAAAUUUAGACAUCUUUUAUAUAAUUCGAUUUGAUAUGUGUUUGUAAUAAAUAAGAUUUUGUAAACAGAUAGUUUUGGAA